UAGAGCAGAGCUGUUAGCUUAGCGUAGUGCGUCACCAUACGUGCGCCCUCGUGACAAAUGGUGACUGCACCCGACAGCCCCAAGUGUCCUGCCAAACCUAUUUGCCUAUUCGCGUAGAGUAACGUGAUUUACAUACAUAUAUACAUAUGUAUAUAAAAUAUUAUAUUACAUUACAUUUAACUUUUGUAUAUCAAAUCGGCAUACAUUAAUCAAUACGGUUGAUUAAAAUUUAAUUGACAUAUGGUGUUCCAUUAAACAAGCGAAUCGUCGUCAUCGUCGCCGUGGUCGUGGUAUGUCCAUAUACUUGUUUAUAGAGUGAGCGGGUGCGUAUGUUUUGUACUCCUGACUGAUGAAGAUGCCAUUAAAAAGUGAUCAAGAGAUUAUGGAAAAUUCAAUGCUUGAGGAGGAUCCGAAUGGCAAUUCGGCACUCGAACAGGUGUUCAACACAGAAAAGAAUUCUCCUCGUUGGGGACCACAACAUAAGGGUGCACAAGAGCUUGCUAAGCUGUAUGGCCCAGGGAAACGUCUACAAGAGAUAGUCUGCGUUUACACCUGCAUCGCACUCAUGAUAGUUGACCUGAUUCUGAUCCUAAAACAUAUACAUUUUGAAAGACUGAGUGUGGCUUGUGUAUCGGCAUUGUGUGGUAUUAUAACGGCCGACUUCGGUUCCGGAUUAGUCCACUGGGCAGCUGAUACUUGGGGUAGCGUUGAAUUACCGGUCAUUGGGAAGAAUUUUUUACGACCUUUCCGUGAACAUCAUCUGGAUCCAACAUCUAUAACGCGGCAUGACUUCAUUGAAACCAAUGGUGACAACUUUAUGGUUAGCAUACCCAUAUUGGGCUUCUUAGCAUACAGCUUUAACACGAAAUCACCUCAAGAUAUUCAGCAAGAUUUUGGCUGGAUAUCAUAUUUGUUUUUGUGUUCAAUAUUUGUGGCUAUGACAAAUCAGAUUCACAAAUGGUCGCAUACUUAUUGGGGUUUACCGAGAUGGGUUCUCUUCUUGCAAAACUAUCACAUAGUAUUACCACGAAAACAUCACCGUAUACAUCACGUAGCACCGCAUGAGACAUAUUUUUGCAUUACUACGGGGUGGCUGAAUUGGCCAUUGGAAAAGAUUAAAUUCUGGCACACGUUAGAGGCUAUAAUUGAGUACUGUACAGGCUGCAAGGCACGCGACGAUGACCUCAAGUGGGCUAAAAAGAUGACAUAACUGUAUUGGGACAAAGCUGAGAAAUGGGCUUUAAUCCUCGAGAUCCUCAAAAACUAGUCGAGAACCAUACAUACAAAUGUACGUAUGCACCGGAAUGUGUGUACACGUGUAGAUGUUUCUGCAAAUCACACAAACAAAUUUGUUAAACUUUUAUGAUAAUUUUUCUUGCGCUGAAUGUACAAAUGCUGAAUAUACAAAUUGCAUUAGUUUGUCCAUACUAAUUAGUAUUUUUUAUGAUAUUCUCAAAUUUCAUACAAACACAUACAUAUACAUAUAUACGUACGUUCAUUAAAUUAAUACACACACACAUAUAUAUAUAUAUAUAUAGUAUGUUGAAUGAAAGUGCAACAACAACUUAACAUCAAAUAUCACAAGCAAUGACAUAAUUUAAGUGAACACUCUAGGAGAGUUAGGAAGCUUUUUUACAAAUAUACACUACAUAGCGCAUAAUUAGAAGAAAAUAUCAUUUUUAAAUAAUUUAACUUUAAGCUUUUAAAGAUAAUACAAUUAUUAAACUGCUUGAAUAACAACUAACGGUCAAUUGUUUAGAAACAAACAAAUAAACAAAAGGUAAAUUAAUUUUUACUUCAAAAUAGAACAAAUGAGACACAUAGCAGAGCAUAUGUGUGUAUUGUACUUUAAAGUUAACUUUAAACUCUAUUAAUUAUAAUUUAUAGUUUCUAUGCCAAUCCAUUUUUAUUACUAUUACUACUAAUGCAUAACUCAUAUGCAGUUUUAACAAUAACCAUAAUUUUGGAAACCAAAAAUUUUAAUUGAAAAAAUUAAUUCAAUCAGUGUUUUGUUAUGAAAUUAUGUUGUUUAAUGCCCCGACUACGGUUUGCAGCUCAAUUUUUCUGUAUUUUUGUUGAAGUUUAGAAAUUCGGUAUUAUGGAUAUCAACUGAAAUCGGGGAAAAAUCAGUUUUAUCUAUCUUAAAUUUAUCUUGUGGUAAUGCAGUUUACAUGCGGUAGACAGAUAAUAAGAUUCAAAAUUUCGAACAUAUUAUAAACAUUCAUUUGAAAUUCAUGCAAAGAAUGAAAUUCAAUGAAAGAGAGCACAUCAGUUAUGACUUCAAAAUUUGCCUCUUUGCAAUAUACAAAAACACCUUAGUUUUUUAAUAUUUAUUCACCCUUCCGGAAGCAUUAACAGAAUUGAAUUAUUAAAGAUUUUUAUUUAAAAAUUUCAGCAGCUUAAUUUUUUGUCAAGUCUCAAAUUUUUAAGUAUUCAACGUGAAUUAGGUGCUGUUCGUAAUGCCCAAAAAAAAAAAAAAUUGGUUGUUCUGAUGCUUUAAAAACAUAGACGACUACACUUCACACAAAUAAUUAAUAAUAAUUCUUUUGUUUUAAAUUAUCAAUCCAACAUUUAUAUCAAAGCUAUUUAUGCUUCUGUUGGUAAAAUAGCGUUAUAACUACUAGCAUUUGUAAUAUUUUACAUUUCACAUAUUAGUGGCUCCCCAUUGUCGUGGGCAAAGUCAGAAAUAUAUAACAUAUAAUUUGCCGACAGCGCCAACUGCAAGCCUAGUGCUUUAACUUUAGUAGAACUGAGUCCAGUUGCAAACCGUAAUAGGAUUACAAGUCAAAUGUGUAAGCUGCAAUGACUUUGAGUUGGUUUCAUAACACUUCCACUGCAUAAAAAUUAAAUAUAUUUUUGUAUUAUACGAUUUAAAAAAAGUACAAUUGUAUACAAAAAAACUUAUGCUAUUAAUAAUUUUUUCUUUGUAUUACAAAUAAAUUUGAGUCAUUGUUGAAAAUUAGUAAUAGUGAAGCAAUCUAAACUGGAUACAAAAUUUGGUCACAUUGUUAUUAUGUAAUAAUUAUUUGCGCACGCUAAUAAUAUAAUUUUAUAAUUUUAAUCACUAAAUUUUGUUAGUAAUGCAUAUUAAACUUCCUGAUAUCCGUUGUUUUUUCCAGCAGUUACACUGGUCUUCAGUGGUUUCGUUGCCCUAGUUAAAAAAACGAUUUUGGAUAUUGUAUUUUGUGCCCUCAGUUUAUUAAACAAAAUAACAUAUGUAUAUGUAUACUAUGUACAUAUCGUGCUAUGUACAUAUCGGGCAUGAAUGAAAAAGGAAAUAAAAUGGAACAUGAGUGAAAACUGGUUUAUAUCUAAGGGUAGAACCUGAAAAUGUU